UUCUUCUCAGCCUGAAUCACUUGAAACCGACUUGGCUACACUGCGCCUACCUGACUCCGAUCCUGACGAUACGAUCACUCCGAAGAACAGUUCAAGUCUAGAAAGCUUCACUGCUUUUCUACCUAAACCUGUUUCUGUAAAAACAAUAUCCCUAUCAAUAUAAUUUCCUAGGAGUAUCCUAGAAACCUCACAUUACUCAACAUGCAUUCUCUCACAUCCCUCCUCGCCUUGGCCUCCACGGCCUCGGCCAUCCAAGGUUUUAACUAUGGUUCUACCUUCACCACAGGUGCUGCCAAGCAACAGUCCGACUUCGAGAAUGAAUUCACCACAGCACAGAACCUUGUGGGAACUUCCGGUUGGACCAGUGCUCGUCUCUACACCAUGGUGCAAGGAGGAACCGCCAGUGACCCUAUCUCUGCCAUCCCCGCCGCCAUCAAGACGAAGACCACCCUUCUUCUCGGUCUCUGGGCCUCUGGAGGUGACACUUCUUUCUCCAACGAGAUCCUUGCCUUGAAGGCCGCCAUCAAGCAGUAUGGAGAUGAUUUCGCCAAGCUAGUUGACGGUAUCUCCGUUGGUAGCGAAGACUUGUACCGAAACUCGCCUCAGGGAAUCGCGGCCGGCUCUAACGUCGGAGUUGGACCCGACGUCAUCGCUCGUUAUAUUAAAGAGACCAAGGAGGCUAUCGCAGGCACCGGUUUGGCCAAGGCUCCCAUUGGUCACGUUGACACUUGGACCGCUUGGUACAACGGAACCAACCAGCCCGUCAUUGACGCCUGCGAUUGGAUCGGCAUGGACGCCUACCCUUACUUCCAGGACUCGAUGCCCAACGACAUCUCUCAGUCCAAGUCUCUCUUCCAGGACGCUCUUGGCAAGACUCAGCAAGCUGGCGGCGGAAAGCCUGUCUGGAUUACCGAGACUGGCCAGCCCGUCAGUGGUAAGACUGUUGGACAGUCUAUAGCAUCCACUUCCAACGCCGAGACUUACUGGAAGGACGUCGUCUGCCCUCUGAUCGACAGCAAGACCAACCUCUGGUACUACACCCUCCAGGACGCUGCUCCCGACACCCCGAGCCCCAGCUUCGGUAUCGUCGGCAACAAGCUCCAGACCACGCCUCUCUUCGACCUAGGUUGUAACAACACCAAGUCCGAAUCCUCCUCUUCUGCUAGCGCCUCCGCUUCUGCCACUGCGUCUGGUUCUUCUGGCUCUGGCUCCGGCUCCGGAUCUAGCGCAUCCGCUACCGCGUCUGGCAGCAGCUCCACUGCUAUUUCCGGCGGAAGCCCCGGUGGUGUAGGCAGCGGUCAGAUCUCCAGCCAGGGAUCCGCCACCGUGACCCCUACCGCCCUUAGCCCCGGCGCGACUGGCACCGGUUCCGGCUCUGGCUCCUCUGGCUCUGGUUCUGGUUCUAACGGAACCUUUACCUCGCUACCGCCUUCCAGCAGCACGUCCGUCCCCGCUAGCAGCGGCACGGGCCUGCAGUCCGGUGCCUUCGCUGCCGCGUUCGCGGCCAUCAUGGGCGCUAUCUACGCCUUGUAAACGGAUCGUCUCAGUACAUAAACCCACCAACAUGUUUUUCUCUCUUUAAGGACAGGUUUUUAUGAUCGGCGUUACGAGGCGGCCGUACCGGGUCUCCAUAGGUUCAAUGCCGACGGCAAGG